GUACACUUUUUUUCUGAUGGACCUUCCAGCCAGUAUAAGCAAAAACAGAACUUCUAUUUGUUUACAACACAAGUAUAUGAAUUAGGAUUUCAAAAUGCAACUUGGUCUUUUUUUGAAUCUUCCCAUGGUAAAGGGGCACCAGAUGGUGUUGGCGGUGCUCUAAAACGAAUGGCGAACCAUUAUGUUGCUCAUGGCUGUGACAUUACUGAUGCAACAGUGUUCUUCAACUUAAUGAAAGAAAAAAGCAAGAUAAAGCUUUUCUAUGUAACAGAUAAUGACAUUGAACAGUCUUUCGAAAACUUACCCAGUAUACCCCUAAAAACGAUUGCUGGUACAAGGGGUAUUCACCAAGUCAUUACAUAUAAGAAGAAUGAAAUGAUUUUCAGGCCGCUAUCUUGUUUUUGUGAUGCAAAUAAAUGGGAAGAAGGACUUACUUGCAAGUGCUAUUUUCCAGCUGAGUCAGUAUCAUUUACUGAGAAACAGAAAAAAUGCAAGCAGCGGAAAAAGAGCCGUUACGAAGCAAUCUACUCUUCAUCAGAGUCUGAUUCGGAAGCAGAAAUCAGCCUGGUUGAAUCGGAUGAUGACAUAUUGACAAUGGAGGAUUUUGCCAACCACAUGCAAAGAGAGUCUGUGGAUCAAGAAGUACUACUAGAGGCUCCAACAGAAGCGAAUAUUUCCGAGGGAACAUUCAUUAUUGUGGAGCUAUUAGGUGGUUUGAGGAAAAAAACAAAACUUAAAUUUGCUGGUCUAGUUACUAGAAAAUGCAACCGAGAAGACGAUGGUGACUACAUUGUGACAUUUUUGGUGAAACAGGGAACUGAUGAUUGUUAUUUACUGAAUGAAAAAGAUGUUUCUGCAAUUGAUUUCGCUCAAGUCAAUGCUGUUCUUCCACAGCCUGAAAUAGUUAUGAGAGGUUCAGAACGCUUUGCAUAUAAAUUCCCCUGCUGCCUGGAAAACUAUUUCUAAUUAGUCGUUUUUCACAAGCAAAAAAUAAUACAACAUUUAACAUUAGUUAUUGACAUUUAGUUUACACUCUGAAACUUUGUAAUAAUUUAAUUUGGUCAAAAUUACAUAACG